UUUCGAGAUUGUGUUCAUCAAGUUUGUUGUUUGGUCUAGGUGUUGAUUUGUGUUGGUAGUUGAGCUCUCUGAAGAGAUGAGCCUUAACAGUGACUAACGGUGUCAUAGUAGCAAAUUAGCAGAGCGGUUUGGGUGUUGUCCGUGUCGUUAAAAAGAUCAACCUUAUUUCAUUUUACAAAAGUCAGCUGGUGUGAUUUACUUUUGCAUUUUGUUUUUCUUAUGAUGUCCCAACAAAAAGGGGAAAUGAAGAUAUGCUGUAGCUGCACAAAAGUAUAUUGUGGUUAACGACAAAGUUCAUUAAGCCACUUAAAUGCAAUUUUACAGGGGAAAUAAACAUAAAUUGACUUAGGAGCUGUGGCUUGUUUACAUCAUUAUAAGUAAAACCGGAAUGCUUGCCUUCUUCAUCCUAGCUCCCUGUACCAGCGUAACAACAAGCAGUGAUUUGCUGUGACUAGAAGUAGCUGUGCAUACGUAUUUACCGUUUUUUUCUUCUUUGAGGACGCUGCCAGAAAAGACGCUGAGAUGUGCAAUAUAAUUCAGAAAAUGAGAACUCUGAUAACAGUAGAACCAGUUAUGUUUUUGUACAUGACUGGGACUUUCCUGCUGACUCCUGCAUACCAACAACUCAUAUUGUUUAAGGUUUGUGGAGAGAUGUAUUCUGAGAACACAGAGGUUUGUGCAGACCUUCAAAACCAUCAAGAGGAGUCCACAGCUGUUCAAAGUAAAGCUUCAUAUAUAAUGUUAAUCUACAUGUCUGUGGUAAGCUUGCUGUCUGUUAUACCAGCAAUUUUCCUUGGUUCAUGGUCUGACAGGGCUGGACGUAAACUAGGCAUGUGCAUACCAAGCAUCUUUUCUGCUGUAAGUGGUGGAUUAUUUAUAGCUAUUGCUGAAUUACCAGAAAUUGGUGUCUAUUGGACCAUUGUUAAUGCCGCCAUCAUUGGAAUCUCUGGUAGUCAUGUAGCAGUAUUUUUGAGUGUCUUCAGUUAUUUGGCUGAUAUUUCUGAUGGUUCAGCUCUGACCACAAGAAUUGGUAUUGCAGAAGCUAUGAUUUACUUUGGAGGCACUGUUGGAUUUCUGCUUGGUGGCACCUUACUUCAGUACUAUUCGUUCACUCAUGCCUUUGGGGUUUUCUGUGGAUGUCACAUAUUGGCAGUAAUUUAUGUGAUCUGCUGGUUGAAAGAGUCAAAGCAUCACCAAGACCAAGAAAAAGUUCUCCAAGGAGUUGCAGAAAGUAUUUUGGAGGAGAAGCACUCCCUGUCUCUUGCUAUGUAUGCUAAGCGAACUUUUUCAUGUAUUGUGAAGAGAAGAGCAGCCCAGGACAGACUAAAACUAUAUCUUUUGGUACUUUGCAUGUUGUUGGUAAACCUUGCCAAUACUGGGGAGCAGUCUCUUACACUGAUGUUCGUUACGUACCCUCCCAGAAGUUUCAACAAUGAAAAAUACGGUGAAUUUACUGCUACUAGAAUGUUGUUGUCAGGCUUUUCUCUGCUGGGUGUUUUUCCACUGCUGCUGCGCUACGUCGGAGAGAUGAUACUUGCCAAAGUCAGUUGUCUGCUAAGAAUAGGAGCUUUCAUUUUAAUGGCUUUCUCCACAAACAUUUGGAUGGUAUUUCUUGUGGCUGUUGUGAAUGCAGCUGGUGGUUUUGCACCAGCAGUUAUUCGUUCUAUUUGCUCAAGGAUUGUGGGUCCCAAUGAACAAGGUGCUAUGUUUUCACUCUUGGCUUCAGUCGAAACAUUAUGUAUACUGGUUGGAGGAGCUAUAUUUAAUGGACUUUACCCAAUAACCCUUGCGUCCUUCCCAGGGAUGUCUUUCAUUGUGAUGGCAGCAUUCAUAAUUAUUACACUAAUCUUAAUCCAGUGGGUUAGUGAAAUGCCUACAACACAUCCUCCCUUGAUAAUCAAUGAGGCCUGAAUUGCAUUUGAUGUUAUAUCUCUCCAAAAGAAAAAUUCUUCAGCACUGUUUACAUGUGAUGAGUUCAUUUUGGGUUAACUUGACUUUUAAUGAGAAGUAUAAUAUGUUUCUACUUUUCUAAUAUUCUGUAUUACAAUGAGAAUACAUUGACUAGCACUUUAGGGUAAAGUUUGAUCUGGUCUCCACGGUAUUAUAACUCACUUAGAACAUAUGCCCAGUGUAUAAUAAAAACUAAGAGCAAGCCUACUGCCACAUCAUUAGCAAUAUUUAUGUUUUGUCCAAGAUAUAUUCUAAUCUGGCAAGGCAGAGGGCAUUCAGAAGAGAGGAGAAUGUAUGCAAAACCAUACUUCCUCCAAACAUUAAAUUAAAAGACCAGUUUUAACCCCCCGUGGUGCUAAGUCAUUGUUAUUUUGCACCUGUAGUUAGCACCUUCCAAAUCUAGAUAUGUGAUUUUUUUGGAUUACUUUCCAAUGAGCAACUGUUAUUUUGGUGUGAAAAAAAAUUACCUGUGGCUGCUUAGGAUUAUAGUCAUUUAGUCUUUGGAAUUUAAAGCAUAGGUAUCUGUACUUCUCACAUUUUAUCAGCUUAUUCAUGGCUAUAAGCACAAGCAGUAAUGCUCACUGAGGCUAGCCUGACCUCUGUGCUAUCAGAAGGCAUUGGGAUGGAAUGGGGUGGGAGAUGUGAAGGAAGCUGGUACAGCAACUGAUAAAACUGUAGUAGACAAAAGAGACGUGUAAUUCAUGACUAAUGGACAACUGCCAUUUACAGGUAGUAAAAGGCAGCAAACAUUAUACUCUGACAUGCAGUCUGUCAUCAUAUGCCUAGAACAGAAUUUAGAGCUGUUCCCCUCAUCCUUUGCGGUAUCUUCUAGAACCUAUUCACAGUGUAAUUCACUUGCAAAAGAGCUCAGAAGCAAGCAAAUACAUGAACAAAAUGGUUAACAUUUCCUGCUGUAUGUAUUAUCCACUGAAUAAUUGCCACUGAAUUCCUGUCAUAUGCUUGAUCUGAUUUGUUGUUUUAGCUCCUGUGUUACCAUUUAUUGGUGCCUAGGUGUGCCACUUAAUUCAUCUCAUAAGGUCCAUAUAUUUUUGCGUAAAUUCUUUGCACUUAGUUUGUUAUGAACAAGAAUGCACUGUAGUCAAAUGCUAACAUGGCCAUAAAGGGCAGAUUGUUGGUAAAUGUAGUAUAUAGUAAUGUGUUUUGUUUGGUAGAGAAUUUUUUAUUAUUGUAAAUUAAAUGUCCUUCUGUACCACUGCUGCAGUAUUCAUAUCCUAAGAGGUAUCCUGCCAAGGAUAGUCCCAACGUCCAGCCAGUAUGCCAAAGUCUUUAGUACUUGUAGGCAUCGUACAUUACACAUAUGCUCCCCGCACAAUGUGUAGCACAUAAAGUUGCUGUAUGAACGCACACUCUCAGACCUUCUUUGCCACCAGUCCGAAUACCGUCAUUGAACAUUGGUCUGAACUCCCUUCUGCUGUGCUGGUUGCCAAGCCAUGUUUCAGAUAAGUGUCGCAUUGGGUUUCUUCUUAUCUCUCUUUAUUUAGUGCUGUUGAGUUUAUGUCAUCCAGAAAGGGAAAAUAUCAGAGUGGGAGGCAGGUUCCCCAUAAAAACCAUUACGAACAGUGUCUUUUAAGUUUGGGUGCUUCCCAUGACCAUACACAGUGCUGUGUAUGCCAAUCUUUUGCCCCUAAGACCCUACGUAGUCUUCUCUCCACUUUUAUUUACCUUGAAAGCCAUCUUUAUUAAGCUAUGUUCUCAAGGUGAUAUAGGGGAAUCUCCUCAUCCUGAGGGACAGGCAUCUGCCAAGAAAAAGGCCAAAAAGCUUAGAUCUGAUAUAGAUGUUAUCCAUCCUCUUCUGGAUGUCUCUAUUGAGGUUAGUGAAAGCCCCAAGGAUUGUCUAGUGGCUGCCUAGGAUUCCUCUGCCACAACCCCAUCUGAGGCUGGCAUGGAUCUGACUUCUUGCACAUCCUUGGAGGUAUAAAAAUAUCUACUCUUGAUUUUGUAGGGAAACCUCAUCUGAUUAUAUGAGAGGGACCUAGGGCGAUUGCAUAGAUCUUAGGGAGGAAAUCUCUAUUACGCUUCUUGAAUGUCGCUGGAGGUCUGACCCUGCAAGGGUGUUUCUUGUGGAGGUCCUGCAGAAAAAGAAAUAGAAAACCAAGCAUAUUUCCCCUGUAGUUAAGGAUCCCCAAUGUGAAUGGCAGGAUUUUACUCGGGGGUUAUUUAAUGCUUUAAUGGCUUUAAAGCCUCCUCAAGGGAUGCCUGUCUACCCCUUCCUGGUCUUUCCUCUUAAAAGACCAAGGGAACUGGUCUCCACAGAUAAGGAUCUAGAUUCUGAGGAAGAGUCCCUGGCUUACCCUUUUCAGAUUCCUUCCCCCUUGGACUAUGGUUCAGAGGAAUAGGAUUCUAUUAGUCCAGAUUCUCAUUUGGGGAUACUGUCACCCACAUGAUGGAUUUUUUUAAGUGGGAUUGUUCUCAAAUUUCUGACACUCAGAAAAGGUAUCAUGAGCUCCUCUAGAUGGAGUCUCCUAAGCCAUCAGCUAUUCCCCCUGUACUGCAUGUUUUCCUGGAUAAUUUUUUAGCAGCUUCUGUGGCCCCUGGUUCUUAGCCUCCUGCACCUAAGAAACCAGAUAGAUAUUACAAGGUGCCUAAGGAAUGUAAAUGCCUUUAUAAAUACCCUUCUGCUGACCUUUUGUAAUGUCUGUCUCUUCUGACAAGCCCUUCCAAACUGUUGCCCUUUACCAAGUUGCUCCUUCAUAUAUGGAUUGUAGGGUUAUGGAGAGGCUGAGCAAAAAAGUUUACACUGCUGCCACUUUAUCCUUUUGGACCACCAACUACCAGACUCAUAUGAACAGGUAUGUUUUGAUCUUCCUUUCUCAGGUUUCCAAAGUGGUUUCUGACAUUCCUGACUCAGAGAGGAAGGGUUCUGCCCUUACCCUGUUGGGCUGUACCUCACAUGUUGCUCGCCACAUUAUCAAUUCCAGCUGCAAUGCAGCUGAUAUCUCCUCCCGGACUGCUUUCUUUGGUUGUGUUAUGAGGCGUUAUUCUUCACUUCAUCUUCAGGCUUUGCCUGGUGGCAUUAAGGUCAAACUGUCGCGGAAUUAUUCCACCAAGUCUGCUCUCAUUCAUAGGCAGCCUUGCCCCCUGUGGCAGUUUUUUCCCUUAGUCCAUUUCCCUUAUCUCUCCAUCUUCCCCAGUCUGUUCAAAAUUGGUUAAAGUUUGCAACAGACACUUGGAUUCUUUCAGUUAUCCGCCAGGGAUAUUUCAUGGUUUUGAAACCCCUUCCUCCCUUUUUGGGCAUUCCUCAACCUCUUUGGGAACAACUUCCUCUUUUCCCAGAGGUGCUCCAUUCUGUUUUGGUCCAGGGCACCAUUCAAGCCAUGCCUCCUGCCCAGAUAGGGAGGGCGGUUUAUUCCAGAAUUGUUUUGGUUCCCAGAAAGGGAGGACAGUUAAGAGACCAAUUUUGGAUCUUUUCCAGCUCAACACCUUUCUUAGGAUUCAUUGCUUUUGGAAUUUGUCUCUUAAGAUGUUUUCCCCUUCUUCUACCCCAGGCCUUUCUGGUCUCUCUGGAUCUCAGUGAUGCCUACCUUCAUAUCACCAUCUAUCCCCUUUUCAGGAAAUUUUGUUUCUCUGUUUCUUCCUUACAUUUUUAGUCCUCUGCUUUACCCUUUGACCUGUCUGCUGCCCCAAGGGUAUUCACCAUAUACCUCACUCCUGUCAUUGCCUUUUGCAGGGUGAAAGAGUUUGUAUUGUUCUCUAAGUGGACAGUCUGUUCAUUCAAGCUUCUUCCCCCAAUGCUCUAUUUCAGGAUCUUUAGUUUACUGUUUCCCUGCUACAGAGUCUGGUGUUUACUAGAAACUUCCAGAAAUCAGCUCUGAUGCUUGAUCAGGAUCAUAUUUUACUCCGCGGCAAACAUCAGACCAUCACCAUGGUGACAUCGCUGCCUGCCCCUAACUCCCUGUCUGUUACUGCCUUUUCCAGUGUCCUCUUCCUCUGGCUUCAGUCACGGUCAGGGAAUUUCUCAGGGUCCUCAGGUUCAUGGCUUCCACCAUUCCUGUGCUGCCUUUGGCCAAAGCUCCACAUGAGGAAGCUUCAGUGGUAUCUCAGGUCAGUGUGGCUCCAACAUUGCCACACCCUGGACUACCCAGUACCCUUCCUUCUAUGUCUCAAGUUCAAGCUUCAGUGGUGGAUUCAUCAACUUUCUUUCAACCCAGGGUGUCCUUUCCAGGCUCCUGUCCAGACUCAAUAGCUCUUUACAGACACCUCAGACAAGGAAUUGAGGGGGGGGAGCUUCUGGUCUCUCAAGGUUAAGGGUCUCUGGCCUUUUCAUCGCAGGUCAGACCACAUCAUUAUAAAGGUGAUAAGAACUCUGCUUCUAGCUCUUCAGGCUUUUCAUUUCCUCUUUCAUCCUGGGCCCAUCAAAUUUUUCACAGACAAUAUCAUGAUAUGGUAUGUCAACAAGCAAGGGGCUAAAAGGUCCUAUCUGUUUUGCAGAAUAGCUGUUCAGGUCUGGGAUCUAGCUGUCCAGUAUAAAGUGACUCUUCAGGCAGCUUACAUUCCCUUAGAGCACAAUCUAGUGGCAGACUCUUUGAGCAAGUCCAGUACACAAGCUUAUGAAUGGAUGCUUCACAAAGAUGUUUUAAUGGACAUUGUACAUCGGUGGGGUAUACCUCAGGUAGAUUUUUUUGCCUACCCUCUGAACAUAAAGCUUCCUCUGUUCUGUUCCAGAGUCUUAAUGCUUGAAAAGCUUUUCCUUGGAAGGGGAUGUUUCUGUACGUCUUCCCACCCCUUCCUCUGCUACCACAAGUCUUGCACAAGAUCAGGCAGAACUCUCAAAAUCUUUCUAGUGACUUACUUUUGGCCCAGACAGCAUUGGUUCCCCUUUUUAUCUCACUUGGCCAACACAGCGGGUGGAUCUUCUCAAACAAGACAAGGAGUCUCUUAUCCUCUCUCACAUGAGCACUCUUCACCUGAUGCUGUGGAUGAUAGAGUUUUGAUCCCUUUUAAGCACCUCUUUUCUGAGGAUGUGCUACCGGUCCUGCAAGAGGCCAGGAAACCU